UUGUCUGUGUUAGAAUAUAUAAGUUCUGAGCUAACAAGAGGUUACAGAUUAGAAAGAGAUGAAUCUAAGUAUGCAGAAAGAAGAGAAAGAGUUUAUACUUUUAUGAAAACACCUAGAGAAUAUGAAAAGUUCUGUGCUUAUGGAUUCUUCCAGUGUGUGGAUGCCUUCUUAUUUCUUUUCACUUUCUUACCAUUGAGAAUUCUUAUGGCCCUGAUACGCUUGGUUACUCACCCUUGUGGCUUAUUUUCAUCUGGUUCUAGAAGAUAUUUGGAAUCAGCCCAGAUCUGUGAUUUAUUAAAGGGACUGGUAUUUGUUUCUUGUUGUUGUAUUGUUAAUUAUAUUGAUACAUCAAUGAUGUACCAUUUGGUGAGAGGACAAGCGGUCAUUAAGCUAUAUGUUUUACACAAUAUGUUAGAUGUUGCAGAUAAGCUUUUUUCUGGUUUUGGACAAGAUAUUUUAGAUGCUAUGUUUUGGACAGCUACAGAACCAAGAGACAGAAAGCGGGAACAUGUUGGAACAUUGCCCCAUUUUCUUUUAUCUAUUAUUUAUGUUAUCAUACAUACACUCAUUAUAUUGUUUCAAGCAGCAGUAUUAAAUGUGGCUUUCAACUCACAUAAUAAAGCAUUAAUGACAAUAAUGAUGUCAAACAAUUUUGUAGAAAUCAAAGGAAACCUUUUCAAAAGAUUAGACAGAAAUCAUUUAUUUCAUAUAUCAUGUGGUGAUAUAAAGGAAAGAUUUCACUGGGCAUUAUUAUUGUCAAUAGUCUUCAUUAGAAAUAUGACAGAAUUUUCAUGGAACCCUGAUCAUGUCUGGGUUAUAUUACCAGAUGCCUUGUUAGUGUUUGUUGCUGAAUUUGUUGUUGAUUGGAUUAAACAUGCUUUUGUUACUAAAUUUAAUAAAAUACCAUCAGAGGUUUAUCAAGAAUUCACCUAUAACUUAGCCACUGAUAUGAUUUCAAGUAGACAAAAGUCUGCAUUUACUGAUCAUUCUGACUUAUUGUCCAGAAAAAUGGGAUUUACUCCAAUACCAUUGGGAUGUUUAUUAGUUAGAGUAUGUAGUAAAUCCUUUAAAAUUAGUGGUAUUUUAGGGAUAGCUUUAUUAAUCAUUCUUUACUGUUGCUUAUUUACAUCCAAAAUAUUAAUCAGCAUUGUCUUAUUGGGUUAUGGAACUAAAUUAUUGAGUGAAAAUACUGAUAUGAAAGAAAAAAGUGAUAAC